AUGGUGGCCCCGGGAUGGCAGAAUAAGAAGAAGCGAGGCUUGAAGAAGCGCGACGGCGCGAAUUCCAAGUCACUCAAGGCGAAAAAGGGCGCGUCCGUGAAGCACAAGGACGCGAUGAAGCGCGUGAGCGGACCGAAGCGAACGGGGAAGGCGAUUCGUAAGGCGAUCAAGGCGGAGCGACGGGCGAUUCGGAACGCGGCCGAGGAGGAGGCGAAGGGGGGAGGCGACGUGCACAUGGCGGGGUGA